CAGCAUUUCUCUUGAAGUUUUUACCCCGAUAGCUCCUCAAUUAUAUCUCCAGCAUUAUACAGCCAGAAUAGAUAUAGAUUUCACGCUCUAUAUUAUUAUUGCAUAGCCUGUUUUGAUAGACGCAAAGAAUUACGACUCUACGCCUUCUUCUACCUGCACGAAGUUCAGUUACUCACCAUGGCGGCGGAGGUAGAUGCGCAGCGACAAAUCCCCCCACAGACGUUCAAGACCACGUCUACACCUAUACCGUCUCCGUCUGAAGGCUCCUCUCGUUCCCAGAGACGCGGUGAGAGAUCAACCAACAGGAACUCCGAGUCUGACCAAAACCGCGGCGGUAGACGUCGAGGGCCAAGACAGCCCGCUGCCAGCACGCCCGAUGCUACUAAUCCACCAUCUGCACCCGGAGAAAGUGGCAAUCAGCCCUCCAGCACUAGCGCAAGACGCAACCGUCGCCCGCGAAAAGGCAGAGAGACUGAAGCAAGCGGAUCCUCGGACGUGACGUCCACCAGCCAGCAACCAGCUGACGACGCCCCGCCUACGUCGGAUCCUAGCGAUGGCGGACACUCAUCCUCUGCUUCAAGAUCACGAAAUCGAAAUCGACGCGGAAACAAGAACGACAGCAGCCGAACUAUCGAGUCUACUUCCAGCAGCUCUUUCAAUCCAGCAGCCACAGCGUUUGUACCUUCGGAGAACGUUGCAGCCCUACAGCAAGCACCGCAGGCUCAACCUCAGUCUUCUGGCCGUAAUCGCCGACGCGGAGCUAACGGCAACGCGAGUGACAGUCAACCACCCCAAUCUCGCGCAAGCCGAGCGCGCAAAAAUUUUGGCUCGCAACUUACGAUCCCGUUAUCCAACGACGACGAACACGACAAUGACCACGACAAGCAUCAGCACGGCCAGAAAGAACUGCCUACGUCAUCUCUUGAUUUGGACGGAUAUUUUUCCGGUCAAGAUAUGUCCUCCAACUCUCUUGCGGUCAGCAUUCUUGAGGAUAUUCAUUCUGGUGCUUACGAAUGUAUGAUCUGUAUCAAUUCAAUCACGCGAAAAUCAAAGAUCUGGACUUGCUCGACAUGCUACCGUGUGUUUCAUAUUCACUGUAUUCAAAAGUGGGGAAAGCAGAUCAAAGACACUGCUGCCGCAGCGCCCGGGGCGGAUCCGACUGUCCCAGUUGCAUGGCGCUGUCCUGGUUGUCAAACCGCACGACAGGAAAUUCCUGACAAAUACAGAUGCUGGUGCGGCAAAGUCGACAAUCCAGAUCAGUCACCCUUGUUUCCUCCGCACAGCUGCGGCCAGACUUGCUCUUACGAGUACUCCAACUGUCCUCAUGUUUGCAGUAUACCAUGCCACCCUGGGCCACAUCCAAAGUGUUCAGCUAUGGGGCCGCCGCUCGACUGUUUUUGCGGAAAGUCAACUACUCAGCGGCGUUGCGUUGAUACAAAAUACGACGGAUGGAGUUGUGGCGUUGUCUGCGGAGAGAUGAUGGCCUGCGGUGUACACACAUGCCCUCGACCGUGCCACACUGGUCUCUGUGGUCCCUGUGAGGCUCCGAUCCACAGCAGCUGCUACUGUGGUAAGGAGGACAAGGACGUCAAGUGCUGCCAGACCCUUCCUGCUCGCAAAAGUUUCUUCAUCGACCAGGAUGGAGACGAGGCAUGGUGGUCUGCUAUCUGGAAGUGUGAGAACGUGUGUGACCGCGAAUUUGAUUGCGGAGUCCACCACUGUCAAAAGUCCUGCCAUGUUCAGGAUAUCGAGCCUGCUCACUGCCCGCUAAGUCCAGACGUUGUGAAGACAUGUCCUUGUGGGAAGCACGCCGUCAGUGAAAUCCUGGGUCAUGAGCGGAGUAGUUGCGAAGAAGUCGUUCCGACGUGUAGGGAUCAGUGCGGCAAGACUCUGGCGUGCGGCCAUCUAUGCAAAUUGGUCUGUCAUACUGGUGCCUGCGGGCCCUGCACUGAAGAGGUUACAGUACCAUGCCUCUGUGGACACAAUAUGAUCACUCUUCCUUGUGCGGAUUUGAUUUUUGGUACCCCACGCUGCCGGAGAAUCUGCCGGAUUCAACUCAACUGCCAGCGCCACGAGUGCGGCCAGCCAUGCUGCCCAGGCGAGAAGCUAGGUCAAGAGCGACUGCUAAAGUUUCGCAGAAAAGAUGUUCUUCAACAGCAGCAAGUUCUCGAGGACAUCAUCGAGCCGCAACAUAUAUGCACAGCAACAUGCAACAAUAUGCUCAAGUGUGGUAACCACCGCUGUCAGAUUACUUGCCAUCGAGGACCGUGUCCCCCGUGCCUUGAAGCUAGCUUUGAGGAGCUUACCUGUAAUUGUGGACGUACGAAAAUGAUGCCGCCAAUCCCAUGCGGAACAAAGCCUCCUCGGUGUAAGUAUCAGUGCACCAGAGUGCCUGCUUGCGGACAUCCUGCAGUCAAGCACAACUGUCAUCUUGAUGACGAAGAGUGUCCCAAAUGCCCGUAUUUUGUCGAGCGACGCUGCAUGUGCGGCAAGUCAUUGCAAAAAAACCAGCCUUGCAGCAGACAAAACGUCUCAUGUGGAAAUAUUUGCAACAAGCUACUUUCAUGUGGCUCACACCACUGCAAAAAACCUUGCCAUCGCGAGGGUGAAUGCGAAUCGCCCUGCAAGCAGCCGUGCGGCAAGACCAAGUCGUGCGGACAUCCGGAUGAGUUGCCGUGUCAUUCGCCUUUCCAGUGUGAGGAGGAAAAGCCGUGUACUGCGCCGAUUGAGAUUCAGUGCCAUUGCGAGAAUCUCAAGAGGACGGUGAAGUGCGGCGCUACGAAGACGAUCAAGCCCCCGUUACGAGUAAUCAAAUGUAAUGACCAAUGUGCUUUGCUUGCGCGCAAUGCCAGGUUGGCAGAGGCUCUUAAUAUCACUGCAGAAUCUCACGCACUAGCAUCAAACGCGGUCACGCAUUCAGAUAUCACCCUCCGUCUCUACGGCACGAACAAAAAGUGGUGCGAGAGCAUUGAGAAGAUCAUAGAUCAAUUUAUAGUCUCUGCAGCCGCGAAGCGCUCGCUAGCGUUUCCACCGAUGCGUCGCCAGCAGCGACAGUUCAUCCACUGUCUCGCCGAAGCCUAUAAUCUCGAAUCGGAGAGUCAAGACCCGGAGCCGCACAGAUCUGUGGUUUUACAUCGCACGUCUCGUACUGCGCUCCCGGAUAAGAACCUGGCACAGGCAUAUGCGAUUUGGACGAAGAAGCAGCAAGCAGCAGGAUUGACGCAGCUCGGAUCAUCUUCGUCUUCGAGCGCGAACGGGAGCAGUAUGCCGCUACAAAUGCGCCGGGCGCCUAAGCACGCCUACAACGCUAUUCUGUUGGAGUCUGUGCAAUUUGGUUUGACGCGUGCCGAUCUGGAGCGAAAGAUCGAACGCUAUCUCGAACCGCUCGCUGAUUCGAAGCUUCGCUAUACCGCAAGCUGGAUCGCCGACGAAGACGUUGUGUUGAUGCCGCAGAACGCGGCAGAGCUCGGAUUCGAGCCCGACGAUGUCGAGCGUGAAUUGGCAGCGAUUAAAUACGGCUUGCGUAAGUUCAUCGUGACUGAGCAGAAACUAGCGCAAGCUGCGGAAAUGUGCUGGAUCACGCGCGACAAUGUGAUUGCGUAUCGUGAGAGUACGGUCGGUAAAGGGUCUACAGGAAUUGGCAGCGGUGCAUGGACAUCCGUUCCAGCGUCGUCAUCGUCGUCGUCUUCUAAUGCCACUGCCAAGGCGCGAUUUACUUCGUAUAAUGUGUUUGCUGCGCUUGGUGCUACGGCGAAUAAGAGCUCGGCUUCGAGUUCAUCGACUGGUGCUGCUGCGAAGGCCAAGAAGGAGCCUAUCGCAGAUUCUUGGGAGGACCUGGAUGAUGAGGAGAACGAAGGGUCGCGCGCGGCAGAAGGAGAAGGACUAGAGGAGCAAGCUGAGAGCUCUUCUAGGGCUGAGAAAGAGGAGCAGGCUAAGGAAGACGAAGGAGAGGUCGAAACACCUAUCGAGGGAUCUCUACCUGCUGUCUCGGCUGAUGACACUGCUGAUGAUGACACUUCCCGCGAUGCUGAGGAAGCUCCAUCUGCGUCUGCACCAGAAGAAGCUCCAUCUGUGUCUGCACCAGAAGAAGCUCCAGCAAGCGACUCUAACGAGAGUCACGAAAGCACUGAGUAGAAUACCGCGACAGCAAGACUAGUCUUUGUUUGACUGGUUGACUACGCCGAUACACUUGUUGCGUUUUGUAUAUAAUUUUUCAUUGCAUUGAAGUUUAGGUGAAAAGUGCAUUUGGUUGGUAUGCAUGGCGCUUCGAGGGGAGAGUUUUAGAAGGCAGCCU